GAUUCGACGGAGGACGUCUCAUUUGCCACACCAACGAGAAGCUAAGGAUGGGAGAAACAAACACGAAAGGAAACCGGAGAAAACGUUGCUCUCCGUUCAUUUGAUCUUCUGCAACUUUUCUCUCUCCUCCAUUCUCGUUUGUAUAUUUUUUUUUUUUUUUUUUUUGAAAAUUUUUUGGAGGGAUAAUUUUCGAGCAAAAUUGAAUCCGGAGAAGAGAGAGAGAGAAGAUGAGCGUGAUCGACAUUCUAUUCCGCGUUGAUGCGAUCUGCAAGAAGUAUGACAAGUACGACAUCACCAAGCAGAAUGACCUCAAGGUCUCCGGUGACGAUGCGUUCGCUCGUCUCUAUGCCGUCGUCGAGGCUGACAUUGAUGCAGCUCUUGAGAAAUCGGAAAUCGCUGCCAACGAGAAGAAUAGGGCCUCGGCUGUCGCCUUGAACGCUGAGAUUCGUCGGACAAAGGCUCGAAUGCUCGAUGAGCUCCCCAAGUUGCAGAGAUUAGCACAUAAGAAGGUUAGUGGACUGACAAAAGAAGAACUUGUCACCCGCCAUGAUUUGGUACUUGCUCUUCCAGAGAGAAUUCAAGCCAUACCAGAUGGGACUGCAAAUGCAGCCAAGCAAAAUGGAGGUUGGGCAGCCUCUGCUUCUCGUCCAGGCAUCAAAUUUGAAGCAACAUCAGAUGGACAGUUUGACUCUGACUUCUUUCAACAAACUGAAGAGUCGAGUCAAUUUAGGCAGGAAUAUGAAAUGCGAAAAAUGAAACAGGAUCAAGGUCUGGAUGUUAUAUCAGACGGAUUGCAUACAUUGAAAAAUAUGGCCCAUGACAUGAAUGAGGAACUGGAUAAACAAGUGCCUUUGGUUGAUGAAAUCGAAACCAAGGUUGACAGGGCAAAUGCUGACCUGAAGAAUACUAAUGUUAGACUAAAGGAAACACUUACUCAGCUGAGGUCCAGUCGGAAUUUCUGUAUUGAUAUCAUACUAUUGUGUAUAAUCCUUGGAAUUGCUGCAUAUCUUUAUAAUGUAUUGAAGAAGUGAUAUAAUGCAAACAGAUUCUGCUGCUGGUAUUUCUUCCAUUUUUUAGGGCUUGCUAUGUAUAUUUAAUUUUUUCUACAGUCUUCUCGACCCGUAUUCAAGUGUCCUUGUUCAACCAGAACCAUCUUGUCCUUUAGAUUCAUUUGGGGAGGCAAGUUCUUGUCUACCUCUAUCUGAGCGUCCUUGUUCAAUCUCGGAGAAUCACCACCGUCUUGUCCUUUAGAUUCAUUUAGGUUUCCGGGAUCCCCUGAACACACCAAUACCACCCCCUCCCCCAAAAAAAAAAAGAAAAAAGAAAAAAAAGACAGUCCCCCGAUCUCCUAGGGGAAGGUGGGAUUUGACCUCAAGAUCUUGCCACAACCAGCAGAGACAUUUGUUGAAUUGUUUCACCCUAAAACAUUUUCAUGUUGCAGAAAACUAAUGAUUAUUCAUUAAUUUAUUUUUAUAUUUUUUUACCA